AUUGGCAAACAAAUAGAAGAAAAAAAGAAGAAAGCUGAGGUUUUUUUCAUUACUCAAGUAUCUGAUCAUCGUCAUCACCAUCACUUGAUUCUCUUCCUGUGAGCCUGACCUUGUAUUUGGCUCAAACUUCGGUCGUGAUGUUGCGAAAAUGCGGCGUAAGCGCUGCGGCGCACUUGUAUAGGAGGAGUAUACAGAAGAACUUAUACAUCGGGAGAGAGGAAAGUUUAUACUCCAUUUUCAGCUGUCGAAGCCAUUCAAAUGUUGCUGCUGCUGCUGCAGUGCAUCCCACCACUCAUUCUCACGAAACAAGUUCAUCAACCAAGACGGAGGUGAAUUUGAAUAAGAUGUUCUGGGCUAAACCCUGCUCAUUAGCAUUGAGCUCAGACUCCCCCUUUAGAGUUGAUGAUCCAAAGUAUGAGGGAUUUAAACAUACUGUUAUGAAGCUUCUGCUGUUCUAUAGUAAACAAAGCAGGUCCAUUCGGGGAGCAAACGUGGUUUACCAACGUAUCAUUUCUCAAAUUGAUAAGCCUGCAAUCUAUGAUGUAUUUAGCUUGGAGAAGAAUUUCAAGACUACAUUCUCUUUGCUCAUACUUCACAUGUGGUUUUGUUUGCACCGCUUCAAACAAGAGGGAAAAGAAGGCGUUGAGUUUGGACAGUAUCUCUAUGAGAUAUAUAACCAUGAUGUGGAGCUAAGAGUUUCGAAGGCUGGGGUUAAUCUGCUUUUGAUAACAUGGAUGAAAGAUUUGGAGAAGAUUUUCUAUGGAAAUAUUGUUGCUUAUGAUAAAGCAAUUGCUCCAGAAGCUAAACAGGAUGAGUUGCAAAUUGUCUUGUGGAGGAAUAUCUUCUCAGAUGAUGGCUCAUCUAAACCAAGUGGUGCAGGACUGCUUGCAGUUCAGGCUAUGUCAAGGUAUGUUAGGAUGGAAUCAACUUGCAUGUCAUUAACAGACAAAGAGGCAUUGUUUUCUGGGAACUUUCAAUUCACAUCACUGAAGAACUUGAAGCCAGAUACUGAAGGUUUGCAGAAAUGAAAACCGCUUCAGUGACACUUCAAUAUUAAACCUAGUUUGGAAAUUGGUAUUUUCUUACUAUCUUUGGCACAAAUCACGUUCCCAUAGGAAAUUUGCGAAAAGGUAUUAUUAUCGUGUUUCCUAAAUUGUAUGGUUUGUCAAAUCAUUUAUUUGGCUGGCUAACUGUUAUUGUUAGCUUCAUUUUUUUGGGGUAUCCUCAAAAGAAUUAUGGUUCUUUAUGCUGUUUCUCUCUAUCUGAUCUCCAGAGAAAAAAAGCUAUAUUACAUGAAGGAAAUAAUGUGCAAUAAGAUAGGAUUUAUGUGUAUUUAGAAGCAAGCAACCUAUUGGAGUUGUGAUUUUUGUUUCAAAAUAUUUUUUUU